UCAGACACCAGGAGGACUCAUUAAUGUCCUUGUUAUUCCAGAACGCUAAAUAGAUUUCUUCUUCAUCAGGCUUUUUUUUAUCAUUUAAUGCAUUUAAUAUGUAUUUUAUUUCGAUUUAAAAUUAGGGUUGUGUAUAACUGAUUAUUUCCACCAACCCCAGGAUACGAGAGCACACCUGACACACCUGGAGGAUUUCUUUAUUUCCACUUAAACACUUCCACCAACAACAAAGAAAGGAUUAUAAAUUAUUGAUCGACCUGCAGAUGGAGGGUGAGAAGAAGCCGAUGCGGGUGCUGGUGACAGGCGGCAGAGGCCUGGUGGGGAAAGCCAUAGAGCAUGUGGUAAAGCAGGAAGGAAGAUCGAGAGAAGGGGAAGAGUGGACCUUCAUCGGCUCAAAAGAUGCAGACUUGACAAAUUGGGCUGAGACGAGGGCCAUCUUUGAGAAACAUCAACCCACACACGUUAUUCACCUCGCAGCGAUGGUGGGGGGACUCUUCAUGCACCUGAGACGAAACCUAGAAUUCUGGAGGAAGAACCAGGCCAUUAACGAUAACGUGCUGCAAAUGGCUCACGAGUUUGAUGUGGUGAAAGUCGUCUCAUGUUUGUCCACCUGCAUUUUUCCAGAUAAAACCACCUACCCCAUUGAUGAGACUAUGAUCCACAACGGUCCUCCUCAUGAGUCGAACUCAGGGUAUGCCUACGCCAAGAGGAUGGUUGACGUAUACAACAGGGCAUGUUUUCAGCAGUAUGGACGGCGAUACACAUCUGUCAUUCCGACAAACAUUUUCGGCCCUCAUGACAACUUCAGCAUCGAGGACGGUCACGUCUUACCUGCACUCAUCCACAAAACCUACAAGGCGAAGAGGGAUGGAACAGCUCUGGAGGUCUGGGGUUCAGGUCGAGGACUACGGCAGUUCAUCUUCUCUGUAGAUUUGGCUCGUCUUUGUGUGUGGGUGCUGAGAGAAUAUGAUGAAAUCGAGCCCAUCAUUCUCUCAGUUGGAGAAGAAGAUGAGAUGUCCAUUAAAGAUGUAGUUGAUGCGAUUGUGAAAGCUUUCGACUUCACAGGACCUGUGAUUUAUGACACAAGCAAAUCAGAUGGUCAGAUGAAGAAAACGGCGAGCAACGGCAAACUGAGACGUUACCUUCCAAAUUUUACCUUCACUCCAUUUCAUACAGCUGUGAAGGAGACGUGCGAUUGGUUAGCCGCUAAUUACGACAUCGCUCGCAAAUGACCGGCCUGCUCGAACGGCUGACAGGUUUUCUAGGCUUCUUCAGUACGUGGUGUUGUGAACACUCUUCUGUCAGUUUUAUUCAACAAUCAAAAUCAAACCAAUUAAUUUCCAUAUGAUCUCAGGAUAUUUGUUUACAAACCUGUGCCUUAUUAAAUCUAAUUGCAAUCAUUUUUAAAUAAAAUUCACUUUUAAUUUACAAUUUGCCUUUUUACUUCCUAUGUAGAGAAUGAUUGAUUUGAUUGGUUAAAAGACAUUGUGAUAUUUGUAGAAAGGGCCAGAUCAGGUCUAAACCCCUCCCACUCGUGGAGAAAAAAAAACCCGUUAGGGCCUGAUUUCUUUCUCCCCAGUCUAUGGAUGCAUGCAGCCAAUCAGUGACAGUUGCUCGACUAUGACAAGCUCCUUGAAGACAGGAAUUGAGUGUCCUGCACAGAACCCUGACCUUCUCAACCACCAAUAAACAGCUGAUGGAUGAAUAGGAAGGCUGAGACCCCAGGACUCUAUACCAAAUAACAUUGUUUGGACUCGUAAAGGAUCUUGUAGUGGAUUAAACAUGAAUAUCCAUAUCCCAUGUUCCAAAAUCUAUAUGUUGUUUAACAAGCACAUGGAAGUGUGAUGGUCAGGUGUUAACAAACCUUGCCCUAUAUAGUAGCUGAGUGGGACUGGAUUGUGACUUACAAUCCACAAUUCUUUAAUUGACUAUGCUCAAAAAGUAAAAAUUCUAUACCAGGGGUGUCCAAUCUUCUGCACAAAGGGCAGUGUGGGUGCAGGUUUUCAUUCCAACCAAGCAAGACCAACUCCAAAUUCUACCUUUUUAAAUCUAAUGAUUGAAAUUUUCAAUAAUUAUCAGGUGUUCUCUUGAUUGGUUGGAAUAAAAACCCACACUGGCCCUUUGUGGUAAAGAUUCAACACCACUGAUUAGACGACUCUAUAGCUUGGGGCCAAGGAAGCGAAGAUGGUUGUUGGAAAGAAAAUUCCUCUCCCACCCAUUCGCAUCGAUACUGGCAAUCACAGUCCUCUAUGACACACUGUAUAUGAUAAAGGGUGGAUAGUGUUCACCUCCAAGCGUGUUACACUUCCCUUAUACAAAACAUGAAAAGCUCAAGGCGCUUCACACGUUUAACCCUGGGUCCUGCAGAUGUGUGGUUUCAACUCCAUCGUCAUCAGUCCUACAGCAAAGU